CAGACGACUUCGACAAGAACUGAACUCCUCCACCACCACCACAACGACCCGCGCGGGCAUGAUCUCCAGCCCACGGAUGUCGGCCUAGCAUCGCUCCUACUGUUCCCUUCCGACAAUGGCAGAGCCGCCGUCUUUCCAGUCUCUGCAGGCUCCUCUGAGAACCGCGCUGAUCUCUACCACGCGCACGACCUCCGCCCUGUGUGCCGAAGACCUGCCCUUUGUGCGCUCGCUGGACCCGUCGUUCGCGCGCAAGCUCGACCGGCAGAAUGCGCGACUCCUUUCUCUGGCGGAGAGGCUCCUGGCUUCGGCUGCGGCUGGCGAUGCGCAAGUUGUGAGUGCCGCCCCGACGGCGAGCGCCCAUCGCGUCGCAGCGCCGAAGCUGCCGGACGGCGAUGCGCUCGACAGCAAUUGGGACGCCGUUGUUGAUGUGGUCGACAGUCUUUUAGAGCGCACGGAUGGGGUGCUGGAUGGGCUUCGCGGCGUGAUUAAGAAGGGCGCAGGUGCGGCGCAGCAAGUUGUCUCGAGCGAGGCCGAGAAGACCGCUGCUCCGAACCUGCCCAAAUUCAAGAGGGGCUUUCAACAGGCGGCCAACAUCCUCAAGCCCCAGCGCGCCUUUGCUAAUCCUCCGGAUAACUUCGCAGCCGGUCCUUGGAAGCCCCUUCUCACAAGCAAGCCGCACGCCAAAGUUCCCCUUGAGCAAAGCCUACGCACGGAGGACAGCCUUGAUGGCACGGGACGACAAAUAUAUCGACAUCCCUAUCAGACCGAGAUUGAGGAGUACAAAUUUCCGCCCAGCGUAUACAUCAGACAGGAUCCGAUCCCGUAUCAGCCCUAUGACACAACCACCGCCACGCUGGUUGACACCGAGGAAGCCAUGCUCGAAAUGCUCGAAGAGUUGAAGAAGGCGAAGGAAAUCGCCAUUGAUUUGGAGCAUCAUGACCAGAGAACUUACGUUGGCAUAGUGUGUUUGAUGCAGAUCAGCACGAGAGACCGCGAUUGGAUAAUCGACACGCUGAAGCCGUGGAGGAGGCGUCUCGAGUGCCUGAACGAAGUCUUUGCUGAUCCCAGUAUUCUAAAGGUUCUACACGGCAGUGCCAUGGACGUGAUUUGGCUGCAGCGCGACCUUGGUCUGUACCUCGUCGGAGUGUUCGAUACCGAGCACGCCGCCACGGCUCUUCGCUAUCCAAAGCGUAGUCUGGCGUACUUGCUGGAGAAACACGUGAACUUCCAGGCACAGAAGCAAUAUCAACUUGCUGACUGGCGAGUGCGACCCUUGUCUCAGGAGUUGUUUGACUACGCUCGCUCCGAUACUCACUUUCUGCUGUACAUUUACGACUGCCUGCGCAACGAGUUAAUUGACAGCUCAAAUGUCGGUCAACCAGACGGCGACUUGCUCGAUUACGUGUUGCGCGAAUCAAAGCGAUAUGGACUGCAGCGUUACGAAAAUCCCUUUUACGACGCUGAGAAUGGACUUGGUCCGAUGGGAUGGUACAGGCAACUAAUUCGAACCCCGGCCUUGCUGUCGAAACAGCAGUUCUCCGUCUUCAGAGCCGUGCACCAGUGGCGCGACAACAUGGCACGAAAAGAGGAUGAAAGCUUAUUCUAUGUCAUGAGCAACCAUCUGCUCCAGACCAUUGCGCGGGAGAUGCCCGUCACAAAGGAGAACCUACUCGCGGCGACUCCUGCCAAUGCCCACAUAGUGCGGCAGUACGCAGACCAACUUGUCGCCGUCAUUGCCGAGGCAAAGGAGCGCGGCGAAGAUGGGCCGGAGAUGCGUGACGUGUUAGCCAGGUCGGAUCAGAAGGCCGACCAACAGCACAACAGCAGGAUUGCAGCGCGGGACGCUAUCACCGCUGCGAUAAAGACGAAGAUUGCAGCGACAGAAGCGGAUCAGCCUGUUGCCGUGUUGCCGAGCAGUGUCCUGUCUCGGCCGAUUGCCGUAGAUCUCGAUGCGGUCAAGUCGGAUAGUAGUAGUUUCUGGGGCUCGACUUUAGCAAGUGUUACACAAGCGAGAAGGAUGACCACAACCCCAGACGUGAAACUCACGUUGCCAAUGCCCGAAGUUAGCGCCGACGUGUUCGCCCCAAAUGCAACGACGCCAGCCAAAUCCGAGAUUCGCCCUAUGUCUCCGGAAACACCCAAAACGCCCCCAGCAACUGAGUCGCAGGCACUUGUGCAAGCUCCACCUCCGGCAGAACCGAACGACGUAUUCGUACUCCGCGAGAAAGGUGGCAAACGAAGCAAGAAACGCAAGGCGCAAGAACCGGAAAGACAAGGGGACGAGCUUAAGGCUGGCCUUGACGAGGUAGGCAUCUUUAAUGAGAAGGAUCAAGGCGGUAAAAAGAAAGCCAAAGCGCAGGACCAGAGGCGCAAUGAGAGCAUAGAGCUCAAAAAGACAUCUGUACACGGCCAGACUGAAGGGUUCCUUAGUGCGUUGAAAGGCUCUUCGGUUCCCGCGCCAAAUGCUGCACAGUCACAGACCACUUCCGCACCAAUGUCCAAGAAGCAAAUCAAACGAGAUAAGAAGGGGGAUAAGGCGAGCGGCUUCAUGGCCGCGCUCAUGGGUAGUAGUGCGCAAGCUGAAAAAGACGCAGAAGCAGAAGAAGAGCCAUUUGAUUACGCCAACGCGCCGAGCGUUCUCAACACUGCAGCAAUUGAAAGUGGGAAGAAAAAGGGAAAGAAAGGAAAGAUGGACGGCUUUGACCCAUACAAGAAAGCACUUGAUACGAAGAAGGGAGUGCCAAAGGGGCAGAGGGAGAGGACUGGUAUGAGCGGCACGUUCAAGUCGUGAUUCACAGACCUUUACGACGCAUGGGCAUGGAUAGAAACUGCAUUCAUAUGGCGUUCGGACGACAGCAUGCACUUUGGCAAUAGAACCGGACACAUCCUAAAAUUUGUACGGCGUCUCAUCGGUGGCUCCUUUCGGAAGCCUUUGAUCCUGCGCCUGUAGGAUCGAUCCUUAAUGCGAUAAUUGUAAAACCGAUCCACCCAAGUCAGAUACAUCUCUACGCGUCUAUUCCAGAGCCUUUUUCUGAUCUACUACAAUACCCGCUUGCUUCUCGUCGUCUGUUGAGGCGCCUUCGAGGUAGGCCGUUUCAACUAUGUCUCCAUCUGUAACCACGGACGCCUCGUAGUCUCCGAACAGAAGACUGAGAAAGGUGUAGACGAACGCCGCGGUGACAAAACCGUACAACCAGUCGAAUUUGUACAUGUGCUGCGCUCCUUCGGAUAUGUGAACGGAUGUCUGACCAGUCGAUCCGGCGACGGCGUAGACGAGCCCCGGAAAAUUGGGCACGAAGCCGAUCAGGAAGGCCAAGACGGCGCGCCAGUUCACGCCGU